UCACUACUCUCAAAGAUAAGCCUUCAUUCUCUCUCUCGAUCUCUCGAUGGUCGAAGUCUCUAGGGCAGUCUUCGCCACCUCCUUCCUUCCUCGCUGCCUUCCCUACCCUUCCUACCACCAGCUCGCCGCCGGUUCCCUCCGCCCCCGCACCGCCAUCCGUUGCUCACUCUCUGCCGCCGCUCCCAGCGGCAGCCGUGAGGUUCCCUGGGGCUGCGAAAUUGAGUCACUUGAAAGCGCUGUAGGGCUUCAGCAAUGGCUUUCCGACUCCGGCCUCCCUCCUCAGAAGAUGUCCAUCCAGCGUGUCGAUGUUGGGGAGCGCGGCCUUGUCGCGCUUAAGAACAUACGCAAGGGCGAGAAGCUCCUCUUCGUUCCCCCCUCCCUUGUCAUCACUGCUGAUUCUGAGUGGGGCUGUAAGGAAACUGGUGAUGUGUUGAGAAGAUAUUCUGUUCCAGAUUGGCCAUUGCUCGCUACUUACCUGAUCAGUGAAGCUAGUCUUAUGAACUCUUCAAGGUGGAAUAGAUAUAUCUCUGCAUUACCUCGACAACCAUAUUCACUGUUGUACUGGACACGUUCAGAGCUGGAUACAUAUUUAGUUGCAUCAUAUAUGAGGGAGCGGGCAAUUGAAAGGAUAACUGAUGUGACUGGAACAUACAAUGAUUUACGGGCCAGGAUAUUUUCCAAGCACCCCACUUUAUUUCCUGUGGAGGUAUACAACAUGGAGACAUUCUUGUGGUCCUUUGGCAUUCUCUUCUCGCGUUUGGUCCGUUUGCCAUCCAUGGAUGGAAAAGUCGCUCUGGUUCCUUGGGCUGACAUGCUCAAUCAUAGUUCUGAGGUGGAAACAUUUUUGGACUAUGACAAGUCAUCUCAGGGAAUAGUUUUUACUACAGACAAGGCAUAUCAACCAGGUGAGCAGGUAUUCAUUUCCUAUGGAAAGAAAUCCAACGGGGAGCUAUUGCUAUCAUAUGGUUUUGUUCCAAAAGAGGGGACAAAUCCCAAUGACUCGGUUGAUUUGCUUCUGUCCCUUAAAAAAUCAGAUAAAUGUUACAAAGAGAAAUUGCUAGCAUUGCAAAAGUAUGGUUUGUCAUCGCCUCAGCGUUUUCCUCUGCAGAUCACUGGAUGGCCAUUAGAAAUGAUGGCAUAUGCUUACCUUGUUGUUAGCCCUCCAGAUAUGAUUCCAAAAUUAAAUGAGAUGGCAGCUGCUGCAUCUGAUAGUAACAAGUUUAAGACUGAGCUGAAGUAUCCUGACCUAGAGGAGCAAACUUUACAGUUCAUCUUGGACUCUUGUGAAUCAAGCAUAUCAAAAUACUCUAAAUUCUUAGAGGGGGGCACUCCUCUGGACCCAAUCACGACAAAUAUGAAGCAAGCCAAUCGGAAGUUACUAUUGAAGCAGUUAGCAAUGGAUUUAUGCACCAGCGAACAAAGGAUCUUAUUUCGUACACAAUAUAUACUUCGAAGAAGGUUGAGGGACAUGCGGAGUGGUGAAUUAAGAGCUCUGACGAUACUAAAUGGAUUCCGAAAGCUAUUCAAAUAAAACUAAAGGCUUAUCGUCGCUUUAGGCAAACGGAGAUUGUAUUCACAAUCGAUGAAUGGCGAUCGAAAUAGACUUUAUUUGUUGGAAUUUUAUUAUGAGCCGAAGUUUUAAUAGUGUCACACACGUUAUUUGAUGGAUGAUCCAUGCUUAAUUAAGUAAUAAUAUAAAUUAGUGCUUUCUUUAA